CAAAGUAACCCACUUUCGCUCGUUCGACUGGAUUGCCAUUCUCUUUCCAAACAUUCAAUUACUACGCACAACGUAAUCAGACCACCGUCGCUUCUAGCGUAUAGUGUGAAAAAUUGAUUGAAAACGUGUACACGAGCGCCACGUCGAAUCUGUUUUCCCCAUAACAGGAAAGCAAAUAAGCAAUAGACGACGGGUGUACUACGUGAAACAAUCCAUAGCCUACUGCUGUUAGUAAAGCGCCUCAGCAACGCACAAAACAUUUCCCAGAUUUAGUGUUCACAGCCGAUAACACCUCACCAGCAAAACAGAAAGAUGGCCCCACAGCAGCGAAUCCGCAUUGCCAACGAGAAGGCAAGCAAGAACAUCACGAUGCGUGGCAACGUGCCCAAAUCGUCAAAGAACACCGAGGAAAAGUAUCCGGUUGGACCGUGGCUGUUGGCCCUGUUCAUCUUCGUGGUGUGCGGUUCGGCGAUAUUCCAGAUCAUUCAGUCGAUUCGUAUAGCAUAAGCCGGGCGAUCGAUCCCGCUACCGAUCGAUUUGCCAGCCAACUUCUUGAUUACAAAGAAACCGUUCGUUCUCUUUUCGCGUUUUCCCUAUUUUUUACGGAGAGACGUGAUUUUUUUUUUGCUUUUUCUGUACACUCGUUUGUUUUCCAUUCCCACUUUUAUGAGCCCCCCGCCGAAUGGGACCGGAUCGGCUGAAGUGUUAAUGUAUUGUUUUAGUUAACGUGUCUCCAAAGCGAUGCGCUGCCACGGAAACCGUUCCCAACAUUGCUUGGUAUAAAUUUUUUGUUGUACAUUGUCUCUGUCUCUGUUUGUAAAAUAUUGUGAUGUGACUUUAUGUUGGAAGGCUCUUCCAUGCACUGACUGAUACUGUUUGUUUUUUGUUUGGAUGACUUUGACCCCGUGCACUAUGCGUUCGCGUAAGAUGCAAAACAUGUCUUGCUAGCAUUAUAUUUGGUUGCUAGUGGUACAUGGUACAUUGAAUCAAAGUUUUCCUCCCUUUCCAUCUAUGCUUGUCCAAAUCUGCCUAUGAAACGGAAGGUGGAAUGCAGUGCUAACUGAAGCAGAGAAAGCAUUCGGUCGAAGAAAAACAAAACAAGAUCUUUCAAACACAUUUCGCACAAUUCCACGCCCUGGAUAUACUGUCCGGCGCCGAUAGAUUAAACGAUGAUGCAGUUGAUUACUCCAGAACCUUCUGCAUACGCAAGUGUAGGCAGAAAGCAGGUGAAACGCGCCCGAUUGUGGGGAGUAUGUAAACAAAACAAAAAAGCGGCGCAAAAGCCUUGCCACAUCACAUGCGCUAACCUAGCCUUAGAGAAUCGAACCGAGUGAACCGACAUUGCAUCGAAGCCUACGAUAUAUGACCGGCAGGAGGAGGAGGAGGAGGAGAAGCAUGCAAGCAGAAGAUAAUUCCCGAAUCUAAAAAGACCAACAUAUUGCUUUCUAGACCAAGGUCGAAACGUGUGCCGCGUGCGAAGUAAAUAGCAUGUGGAUAAGCAUAACUAAACAAAAAACAAUACGAAUCGCGUAAAAAUAAAUACCCUCACACAAUACACUCAGAAAACUCCUUUUUCGUAUACUUUCGAUGCGAAACCGGUCGCAAGAACAUUGAAGUAUAUACAUUAAGCAGUGAAGCACUCAAACUGACAAAACUAAUUUGGUGAAAAUUAUAUAUUAUCAAUGUGAAAACUA